GUAGUGAUAGGGUGGAGUGUCAGAGGCAGAGUAAGAACAGAAGUAAAGGAAGUCACAACAAGGAUGCAAAGCCAACAAGAUGCUCUCAUCCCGCGGUCUCGGGGGAAUUUACCUAAGGUGUGCGCUGCGACGCUGGCUGCCAUAACAAUAGGAGGCAUCAUGUUUCUGUCUCCUGAAAGGUUAUUUGGCUGGGUUGCUAUGGCAACACUUGUCUUGACCCUUGGCCCUCUGCUGCACGGGCUCUGUCUGCUGGCAGAGGAGAUGCUGCACCACUCAAACACAAGGUAUCGAGGGAGGCUGAGUCGUGUGCCUUCAGCCUGUGGUUUGGGGGGAAAGACUCUGCUGGCUGCAGUGUUGGGGAUCCUCCUCCUCUACGGGGUUGGAUCUCCUCUGCCCGACAGUGGCCAGUCCUGGACACUCGUCUUCCUAGUGCCCAUUCUGUACGCGCUGCUCAAAAGCCUGGGCGUCCUGGGUCCUUCAGAGGUGGAGGUGUCGGACAUCUGUGAGGGGAGGAAGAUGAACGUGGCCCACGGCCUGGCCUGGUCCUUCUACCUGGGUUACUUACGACUGGUGCUGCCACGUUUGAACGAUUCAAUCAAAUCAUUUUGUGCCACUCAUCAGUCGAGCAGUCCCUGCUGGGGCCGCGGCUCCAGGAAGCUGCUCAUCCUGAUUCCUCUUAACGCCAACAUCUCUCACAAGCUGGAAGACGAGGACGACAACAUCCGUUUCUACGACAACCUCCCAAACAAUGAGAUAGACAGGGCAGGAGUCCGCGGCCGGGUCUACAAGCACAGCGUCUACAGAGUUCUGGGCGAGGAUGGGAAGGCCCAUGACUGUGUGGCAGAGUAUGCCACGCCUUUGCUGACAUUCUACAACAUGUCCCAGGAGAGAAGUGCAGGCUUUGGGGAGCCUGAGCGCAGGCAGCAGGUCCUGCUCUUCUACAAAACCCUGCAGAACAUUCUGGAUCAGUCGCUGGAGUGUCGAAACCGCUACAGGCUCAUCCUGCUCAAUGAUGAGCAUGAUGACGACCCUCACUACUUGUCCAAGACCAUCGUCGGACACCUGCAGCAGCAGGAGAAAGAAGAGUUCUGCCUCACAACACCUCCUCAGCAAGACACGGGGCACCCACUAGCAGGUGUCCGGCCUUGUGUUCCACACGGUGACUGGCAGCACAUAGAGGCAGAGAGCAGGGAGCCCACGCUCAUGAUCAGUCUGGAUAAGCCUCAACCUCUGAAGGAACCUAUUGAGAUCACUGACCAUUUCCAAGAGGCACCAUAAUAAACACACACACACACACACGCACGUUUGCACAGCAUUCAUAGUGAGG